AUGGCGGCGUGUCACGUCGGCAUCCGCAAACAGGCGUUCGGGCCGACCAACACGAUCUCGCUGGGCGACGUGUCGAGCUUGUUGGCGAUCGGCGAGGCGGCCGCGGCGAUCGAACGCGGCGCGGCCGACGUGAUGAUCGCCGGUGGGUACGUCGCCGCGGAGGGCGCAGCGUUCUUCCUCCUCGAAAGCCGCGAUCACGCCGAGCGUCGCGGCUUCGCCCAACGCGGCGGCAAGGCGUGGGGCAGCGUCGCAGCGGUCUCGACGCGUUGCGAGCCAUCGAUCGACUCACGCCAACCGACAGGUAAGGCGAUCGUUGGCGCCGUACAAGACGCGCUCGAGAAAGCCAGCGUCGCGCCGAGCGACUUGGCGAUGGUCAAAGCCCAUGGCUCGGCCCGCAUCGAAACCGACGCGAUGGAAGCCGCCGCCCUGGCGGAGACGAUCGGCGACGCCCCGGUAACGGCGCCGACAAGUUAUCUGGGGUCUUCGGGCGCCGCGGGCGGAUCGCUGGAGUUGGCGCUCGCGCUGGUCGGCUGGCGCCAAGGCGUCGUCCCCGCGACGCUCAACUACGAGACGCCCGACCCGGCGUGCCCGGUGAACGCCUCGGCCGAGCACCGCCCCGCGGACGGCGAGGCGAUGCUGGCGCUCAAUUAUGCGCUGACGGGGCAGGCGAUCGCCGCGGUGAUCGAACGGGCAUAG